AGUUGACAGAGAUACAUAAAUUGGCAAAAUACCAAGAUGGCGGACCUCCAAGAAAGGAAGAACAGGGACUCUCAGAUGAGAGCAACGAUCAACCAGAAGCUGAUUGAGACAGGGGAGAGAGAAAGACUGAAAGAAUUGCUGAGGACCAGGCUGAUUGAGUGUGGUUGGAGAGACCAGCUUAAGGCUUAUUGCAAAGAAAUUGUUCGCCAAAAAGGUUUGGAGCACAUAACCGUUGAUGACCUCGUGGCAGAAAUAACCCCCAAGGGAAGAGCCCUCGUUCCUGACCAAGUGAAGAAGGAGUUACUGCAGAGAAUCCGUACAUUCCUUGCUCAACAGCCGUCAAUAGCACCAUGAUAACUUCCCUCCAUUUUUCCUCCCUGUAUCUAGUUGUAGACAGAUAGCAUAAUGGACUGAAUGAGCCGGCCUGGGGGACCCAAUUAUAAAAAUCAUGUGAAAUAAACUUUUCCUAACAUACAAAAUGUGACCAAUGCAAAACAGCAAAAUUUAAAAGAAAACUUGUAUUACAUGUACCUAUCUCGUGGUUUUUUGUGAGUUUUACGAAAUAGUCAAUAAUUUUGAUCAAGUGUUAUCCCCAGUCCUCAAGUUGUGAACUACAAUGUAUAUUUUAAGUUUACAGCCCUCAUUAAAAAAAUGUGGUGUCUUUUGGUUGCUGUUUGCUAUCAUCUGUAGGGCUAAUUUUUGUAUACAAUGGGCGAUAUGAAUAAAAACUAGCAAAUGCUUUUACUUCAAUUCUGUACAGAAAGCCCUAGUGUAAAUGUACAUAAAGUUUUAGAUAAAAGCAUUUGCUAGUCUUUAUUCAUAUCACCCAGUGUCUGUCCAUUGGGACAAAAGUGCAACCUCACUUUAAUAUUGUCUUCUCCACCCUGCAUUUUGCAGUGUCAUGUUAUGACAAGAACAUAACAGAGCCAAUCCCUCUGAAUAUGUAUAUUAAGGAUGACUUCAUGUCCAGUUGAAUAUCAAAUACAAUUAUGUCAACUGUGAUUGUGUAUUUUAAAGUUUUGAAUAAUAAGGCGCUUUCAUA